GAAUAACAACAUAUCAGUUGCAAGUAUUACCCUGAUAUCCUAUGAGUACAUGCUUCAGCUCGAGAAAGAGAUCACGUUUGUUUGGGACAGACCGUGGUCAGCAAUGUCAUACAUAUACCUUGUUGUUCGAUAUUUUGGUAUUGUGGUUGCAAUGUACGUUGGCUGGUUGUAUCCUCCAGAUAGUACAUUGUAUGUUGACGCUGACGUCUAGGACUUGCGCCUGCU